AUGUCGCAGGGCGACCAGGGCGAGGGUCGCCGCGUGUCGCACGGCGACCAGGGCGUGAGCCGCCCCAUGUCGGCGGGCGGGCGGCGGAAACCCCCCGCGGAAGGGGGAGGGGAGGUGUCGGAGCUGAUGGCGCGCUUCCAGCGGCACAAGCAGAGCACCAAGGACUCCUCAGGCCGUCCUCCCCCCUCGCCACUCUCUGCCAGCCCCUCCACGCUUCCCCUCAACCGCUUGAUAAAAGUGGCCGUCCUCCCCCUUCGCCACCCUCCGCGCCUCCCCUCAUCACCACCCAUCUCCACCCAUCCCCACCCCCUUAUUCCCCAUGUCUCCCACCCAUCAGAGCACCAAGGACCCCUCAGGGCCAGCACCAAGGACCCCUCAGGGCCGUCCUCCCCCCUCGCCAACCUCCGCGCCUCCCCCUCCAGCCCCUCCGCGCUCCCCCUCAACCGCUCCUCCAGCUGCGCCCUCCCCUCCUCCGCCACUGGGGGGGGCGCCAGCGCGUCCGCGCUCCCCUCGUCCCCCUCCUCCUCCGCCUCGUCCGCCUCCUCCACUCCUAAGCGGCGCUCCAGAGCUGCAGCAGCAGUGGCGGCUGCUGGUGGUGGCGCUGCUGGGGGGGCUGGAGCUGGGGCUGGGGAGGCAGGGGCGGAGCAGGUUUUGCUGCCAUCCCCAUCCGCUUCUCAGAGCACGGGGAAGGAGGAGCGCGCUCACAAGUCAAGUGGGAAGAAAUCCAAAGAGCACAAGGAGGGGAGGGAGCAUAAGGAAGGGAGGGAGCAUAAGGAGGGGAAGGAGGGGAAGGAGCAUAAAGAGCAUAAGGAACACAAGGAGGGCAAGGAAGGGAAGAAGUCCUCAAGAGUAGUGCAGAAGGAGGCAUUAGAGGAGAUGCGUGUGGAGGUGGAAUCGCUUCGAGCCGAGCUGGCCCGGUGGCAGGGCCGGUGCGAGGAGGGUGAGAGGACCUUCGAGUCAACCCAAAAGGCACUACGAGCAGAAGUGGUGGAGUGGCAGGGGAAGUGCGAGGAGGGCGAGAGGCAGCGAGGCGAGGAGCAAAAGCGCAGAGAAUCUGCCGAGGCAGGUCUUGAGGCCUCCCGGUCUGCAGCUGCUGCAGCAGGGGAGGCGGAAGGGGGUGUGGGAGGCGCGGGGGAGGAGGAGAGGAGCGAGAGGAGGGAGAGGGAGGUGGGUCUAGAGGUCCGUGUGAAGGAGCUUGAGGAGCAGGUGCGAGCUGCAGAGGCAGCUCUGGUGGAAGCAAGUGAGCGGGCAGAGAGGGCAAUGAGGGAGCGAGAGGAGGGGGAGAAAAGGGUGCUUCAGAUGGAGCAGGAAAAGGGAGAGGUGGAGAGGGCGAGGCGAGAGGCAGAGGAGAGGGCUGCAGAGGCAGAGGCACGGGCGGUUGCAGCUGAACAAAGAGUGGUAAAAUUGGAACAGAAAGUGGUUGAGUUGGAAGAGAAGAUGCGUGAAUCUGAGGGGACGGUGAGUGAUGAAGGCAGGAGGAGGGUUGAGUUGGAACAGAGAGUGGGGGAAGCGGAAGGGAGAGCAGACGCGGCGGAAUCACAUGCGAGAGAUAUGGAGGGGAGGCUGGAGCAGGGGGCUCGGGAGGAGAAAAGCCGAGAGGAGAGGGACAAGGCGAGGAGGGAGGGGGAGAGAGGCAAGUGGGAGGAGGAAAGGAGGGAAAUGGAGAGGAAGUGGGAGGAGGAGAGGAGGGAAAUGGAGAGGAAGUGGGAGGAGGAGAGGAGGGAAGUGGAGAGGAAGUGGGAGGAGGUGAUGCAGGAGGAGGUGGGGCGGAGAGAGGGGAGGAUCAGAGAGCGAGAAGAAAGGCUGAAAGCUGUGAUGGCAGGGUCUGAGGGAGAUGCAUGCAUGGCAGAGGGGGAGGAGGAGGGGGAGGGGGAGGGGGAGGGGGAGGGGGAGGGGGAGGGGGAGGGGGAGGACAAGGGCAAGGGCAAGGGCGGGGCGGCAGCAGCACAGGAAGAAUCAACGGCUAGUUUGGGAGAAAGAGGACAUGGUGAGAGGGAGACGGUUGGUGUUGUCCCUGCUGGUGUGGGCUCUGCUGACGUGGCGGUCUCGCAGCUGCCUGCUGACGUGGCACUGCUGCAGCACAAGCUGGAGGUGGCGGUGGGCGAGCUGAAGAGCCUGCGGGCGGCAAAGCGGGCGGCAGAUGCUGAGAUCAGCGAUCUGAGGCAGACUCGAGAGGACACCAUCAGGCGAGUGGUGGAGUUGGAGGGGGAGAAGCAAGGGCUGGAGAUUGCAGCGGAGAUUGCAGCGGAGGCGGGCAUGCGAGUGGUGGAGCUAGAAGGCGAGAAGCAGGGACUAGAGCUGGAGUUAGAGGAGCUGGUGAACGAGCUACUGAGGGAGCAGGAGAUAGCAGCGGAGGCGGGCAUGGUGGCGGAGCAGGAGUGGCAGCGCCGCCAGGAGGCCGUCCGUGCUCUCGUGCAGAUGGAGAGGCAGCUCAACAGUGCCGGUGCUGCUGCCGCUGGUGCUGGCGCUGGCGCUGCUGGUGCUGUUGGUGCUGCUGGGGAGAACGCCCUAAUGGAUGCUGGUUACCAGGUUACAAAUGAGUUGGGGCAUGCGGUUGUGUCUCCCCCUGGAGGGCUGGAGCCAGCAGCAAUGGUAGCGGCGGCGGCGGCAGCAGGAGCAGGGCCGUACCUCAGGAGAGGCCAAUCCGACGUGUCAGCGUUUCACAGGCGCAUUCCCAGCGGCUCCUCCUUCAAGUUCCUGCAGCAGCAGCAGCAGCAGCAAGGCGCGCUCGACCCCACCCUACUCGCAGACAACCCAGAGGAAUCUGACUUCCUGGGCACAAAGCUCCCGGAGAUCAAGCGCCGCCUGGAAGCUGCAGCCAUCUCGCCCGCCCCCACGCCCUCCUCCUGCCCCUCCCGCGCUCCCGGGCAGCCCGGGCAGCCCGGGCAGGUUGGGAAGCCUGGACACCGCAUUUCUCGGUCAGGGUCGUUCAGUGCUACGGCGGCGGCUGCGGUGGCAGCUGCGUUUGCAGGCACGGGGUCGCUGGCUGCUGCUAGAGCCAGGGCGGUGGGCGCCUCUCCUGCUGCCAGCCCUGGCGUGCUCCCUCCUGCCCCAGCCCUUCCUCCUCCCCCUCCCGCUUCUGCUUCUGCAGCUGCUUCUUCUGCCGUUUCUCCUGCUGCGGAGGGGGCAGUUUCUGCUGUUACUACUGUGGCUUCUGCUCCAGCUGCAGUUGCCCUCACUUCUUCUGCCGGUGCCGGUUCAUCUGAAGCAACCACCUCAUCUGCUCCUGAUGGUUCUCAGCCUAUCUCCUCUGCUAUGCCCUCCUCCGAAUCCUCUCUCCCUGCCACCUCUCACACCUCCCUCUCUCGCCCGGCCCGCCCCUCCGGCCCGCGUCUUGUUGGUUUCGCCGACCCCGCCUCUUCCUCUCUCCCGUCAACCGCCACUGCACAUUCCCCUGACACACAUGCCGCCACCACGGGUGAUGCUGCAGCAGUCAACACGGAUAGCAGCACAGGCAGCAUCACUGCCACUGGUGUUACCACUGCCAGUAAUGCUGCUACCGCCGCUGCUGCUGCUGGUGGCACUGCUGCCACUAGUGGUAACCAGCAUGGCAAGCUGACAGGCGGCAAGUCAAUGCGCGCCGCCCUGCUGGAGCAGAUGGGAGCAAGCGAGCUGGCCGACGAGCUGGCUGCCGCCCGGGCGGCGGCUGCUGCCGCCACUGCGCAAGCCGCCCGGGCGGCCUUGGCUGGCUCUGGCAGUCCGGGUGGGGGAGGGCGUGGAGGGAGUGGGGGGAGUGGGGGGAUGAGUGGCAUGCUGAGCUGGCUUACAGGUGGGCUGGCCGGUCAGGCUGCUCCUGCUGCUGCUGCUGCCACUGCCACUGCUGCAGCUGCUGCCGGUUCUGGCUCAGAGGCGAAGGAGGUGCCGAGGCAGCUAGGUGUUGUGGUUCGCAGGCCGUUUGGCAUAGUUCUGACGGGCGAGGAGAGGGCAGCAGAGGGCGGUGAGCGGGCGAGUCCCAACGGCAGUUUCAGCAGCCCCAGGGGGGGUCGAGCCGGGGGCAGCGGAUUCAGCAGCCCGAGAAGCAGCGGCAAGACAGGGGCGGGUCCGAGCCCUUUGAGUCCUCGGCCGGGGAGGGACUCACCGCAAGACAGGCAGGGUAAGGCACAGCUGCAGGGACAGAAACACAGGCAGCAGACGCAACAGGGGCAGCAGCAGGGGCAGCAGCAGCAGGGGCAGCAGGAGGUGUGGCGGCACCAGGCGGCGUUCAUCCAUGUGUUGCUACAGCUGGCCCAGCGGGCUGUGGAGCGCAGCGAAGACGCUGCUGCUGCCGCCGAGGCUGUUCUCUCCGCCACGGCACGAGCUGAGGCUGAGAUGCGCGAGUGGGAGGUGGAGCGGCAUCUCUCGUCUGUGUUCGGCGAGAUUCGGCUGUUUAUGCGGCAGCAGGGGGUGGAGCCGGUGAGGCGGCAGGGGGCGGGCGGGGGAGGGAAGGGCGUGGGGGGUGAGGGAGGUGGGACUGGGGGAGGUGGUAUGUCUACCACCACGGGGCACACGCCUAGGGACCUGGCGCAGGUUCGGGACGAUCUGAAGGUUUUGGUUGGGGCGGUGGAGGCUCGGGCACGGGCAGCUGCGGUGAAAGAGAUAGGCGUGGGGGGUGUGAAGGAACGGCCGAGCCUGGUCGUGGGUGCUGCUGGUGACAGUGCUGCCUCUGAUUCUGCUGCUGCUGCCGCUGCUGCUUCUUCUGCUGGUGCUUCUGCUGCCGCUGCGGCUUCUUCUGCUGUUGCUUCUGCCGCUUCUGCUGAUGGUGGUAAGGAGGCGGCCCCUGAAACUGAAGCCCCCUACGAUGCAGCAACUGGAACUGAAGCCGCUGCUGCAGCAACAGCAUCAGCAUCAUCAUCAUCAGCAGCAGCAGCAGCAGCAGCAGCAGCACCAGCAGCAGCAGCAGCAGCAGCAGCAGCAGCUAGUCCUGCAGAUGUCCUAGUAAUCAACAACACAAGUGCAGCAGUGGCUGAGUCCAAGGCAAGCAGCGAGAUUCCAGAGGAUGAAGAAGACCCGUCCACGUUCCUCACAGUGCCACUCACGCCCAUGCGCUCGCCCAUCAUCCGAGUCACCCGCAGCUCCUCCCUCCUCUCCCCCUCCCCCUUCUCCUCCGUCUCCCACCCCUCUUCUUACUCCUCCCUCUCCAACUCCUCUCCCUUCUCCUCCCUCACCCAAUCUUCCCCUUUUACCUCGAACCUGCCCCCUUUCGCCCGUUCCUCCUCCACUGCUGCUCCCUCCCACAAGCCUUCAUUCUCGCACUCCCCCUCGCUCGCCUCCCUCGGCCCCAGCCUCUCCCCUGCUUCUCUUGCCCCUUACAGCAGUGGUGCCGCGGCAACUGUUGCUGCUGCAGAGAGGGAGGAGGGGAAGGAGGCGGAUGGGGUGACAGUAGUGGCUGCUCCGCUUGACCUGCCUGAGCUGGUGGUGGUGGAAGAGGGAGAGGAAGCAGGUGCGGUGGAGGGAGCGGGAAAGGAAGAGGGAGAGGGAGAGGGAGAGGAGGGGGGGAUGGGAGAUGGCAAGGUCAUGGGGGGGCGAAAGGAUGGAUCAACAGCAGAGGCAUCAGGAGAUGCAGCAGGAGAAGCAGCAGCUGAAUCGGAAGGGGAAGUAACAGGAGAGGCAGCAUCGGAGGAAGUAAAGUCGGCAGGAGGGGCAGUGAGUGGGGAGGGUGAGGGGGGUGGUAAGGAGGCGAAGGCAGAGAGGAUUGAGGCAGAGACUGGAGUAGAAUCAGACGCUUCAGCAGCACUGGGUGCGCCUGAGGCCACCCUGUCGGCUGCAGCUGCCACCACUGCUGCUCAACACUCCUUGCCCAAAUCGCUCUCUACCUCCGAGCAGCAGCAGCGGCAGCAGGAGAAGGAGCAACAGCAGGAGCUGCAAUGGCAGCAGCAGCAGGAGCGUCAGGAGCGGCAUGAGUGGCAGGAGAGGCGCAGGCAGCAGCUGCAGCAGCAGCAGGCAGCCUUGGAGCACCAGGUGGUGCUGCUGCAGCGGCAGGAGCAGGCGCUGCUGCAGCAGGCUGAGGAGGUAGCAGAGGAGGCGGCACAGGAGGCGAGGCGGGUGGGCGUGCAGCAGCAGGUGGUGCUAGACGUGGAAGGGCAGGUGGCUGCUGUUCGAGACACCAUGGUGUUCCUCUUGAGAGACUUGCAGGAGCGUGGGGAUGGGAGGGGAGGAGCAGAGGAGGGAGGAGAGGCGGGGAUGCUGCAGCAGGCUGUGGAUGAUGGGGAGCAGCGACUGAUGGAGGCACAGCAGUGCAAACAGCACUGCCUAGGGCCCCCCCUGCUGCCUUUCCCACACACAGGCUCUCAGAGCCCGUCGGCAGCGGCUGCAAGAGAGGGAGCGGCAGCACUGCCGCCUGCAGCAGCACCACUCUGUCCCCUCUCCCCCACUUAUGCCCCCUGCUGCCUCUGCACCUUCCCCCACUCUCAGGUGCUCAGCAGCUACAGGCAGCGGCUGCAGGAGAGGGAGCGGCAGCACCACAGCCUGCAGCAGCGCCUGCGAGUCAACCGCCGCCAGCUAGCAGUCGCCCGCUCCGCCGCCGAAGCUGCUGCCGCAGCUACUGCCGAGGCUGGGGCCGAGGCUGGGGCCGAGGCUGGUGCCGAGCCAGUGGUGGGUGGGAAGGAUGCGGAGGAGGGGAAGGAUAGGGUGGCUCAGCUGAGGCCCCGCACGCCACCCGUUGUUGCUUCUGAGACGUCUCAGCAGUCCCUCAGGCCACGCACACCACCCAUUGGUGCCCAUGCCCCACAGCACAGGCAGCUGCUGCAACAGCAGCAGCAGCAGCAGCAGCAGCAGCAGCAGCAGCAGCAGCAGCAGCAGCGCCGCUCUCCAGCCCUGCGCCCCCCAACAACCCCUGUGGGGAGCAGCGCCGCCUAUGGUCGCCCUGCCGAUGCCAGCGCCCCGGCUGCUGCCCCUGCUGCUUCCCCUGCUUCCCCCCUUGCGGGUCCCAUGGUGGACGGGCGGCAGAGAGGGCGGCGACUACAGGACGAUGAAUUCGGCAUGUCCCUUUCCGCCCCUGUGGUUUCUGCGCCUACUUUCGUUGAUGCUGCUGACCGCCGUGCAUCUCCCAGCCCUUCUUUUGCCGGGCUCGGCUCCAGAAGCAGGCGAUUGGCUGAUGACGGUUUGAUCUCUCCUGCUGCUGGUGACGCUGCUGCAGCAAUGACACCUUCCCUGGUUGGGCCUGGCUCGAGAAGCAGGCGGUUGGCUGAUGACAAGUUUGGCAGUUUGAUCUCUCCUGCUGCUGAUGAUGCUGCUGCAGCAGCGGGACCUGGGGUUGGGUCGAGGAGCAGGCGAUUGGCCGAUGAUGGGCACGGUAGCAGGCGGUUGGCUGAUGAUGGUCAUGGGAGCAGGCGAUUGGCCGAUGAUGGGCGUGGAGGCAGAAAAUCAUUGGAUGGUGGAGUUGGGAGCACUAGUGGCAAGAGAAUGUGGUGGGGAGGAGUUGAGGUGAUUCCAUGUGAUCAAGUCGAAGGUGCUACCCCAUCAGCAAUGCGCCAAAAUAUCACCUCCGCUUCUCUAGCCGUCGAUUCCCGGCUCGCCCUCGCCGAUCAGACGGUGUUCAAGGGCCAACCAGUGACCGUCUCUGUCGCUGCUCCCGCCAGAAAGACCGUUGCGACGAGCGUGUCGUGCCGUGCCGAUGGCGACAAUAAGAAUGCGACGCCCAACUUCGCGGCUCAGCUCGCUAGAGCCGUCGUUCCCGCUCUGUCCUCCGCGAUCUUCGCCGCGACCGUGAUGGGCAUUGCGCCGACAGCUGACGCAAUGCAGAGCUAUCUCCUCACUGGUGGCGUCGCCGCCGCUCAAGCAGAGGAGGUCGCUGUUGUGGAUGAGGCCGCUUUAAACACGCCUGAGGAGCGAGCCCGGCGGUUGGGCGAGCUGCUGCGCAAGAAGCGCGAGGAGCAGGAGGCGAUCGCCGCUGCGGCGCGCGCGGAGGCGGAGAAGAAGGCGGCGGAGGAGGAGGCCGCGCGGAGAUUCGCGGAGGAGAAGAUCCAGGCGCAGAGGCUCUUCGUUAAGCCGGAGCUGAAGCCGUCGAGCACAGCGGCGCCGCCCGUGAAGGAGGUGAAGCAGCAGGAUGCGAAGAAGAGCAAGCGCGGCGGCAUGCCGCUCUUCGUCUCGCAGUUCGGCGUGCUCGCCGCGUUCGGCGGUGGCAUCGCAGCUCUCUUCGUGCUGCCCGAUGAGAAGUGGAAGGAGAUCGAGGAGGGUCUGGAGGAGGUGAAGGACUUUGUGGUGCCCAUCGUGGACGACGUCGUCAUCCCCUUCGCUGAAGCGGAAUUCGCCGAGACUGCCAAGCCAUACGCCGAAGCUGCGAUUGACGCUGCCAAGCCUGUCGCCGAGGCAGCCCUGGAAGCCGCCAAGCCCGUCGCCGAGGCAGCGUUGGAAGCCGCCAAGCCUGUGGCAGAGCAAGCAGUGGAGAAGGUGAAGGAGCUUACCGAGCCUAUGGUAUCGCAAGUGGAGGAGCAGGUGAACAAGGUGAAGGACGUUGCAGGGCCGGUUGUGAGCCAAGUGGGUGAAUCGGUGGAGAAGGUGAAGGAGGCAGCAGGGCCGGUGGUGAGCCAAGUGCAGGAGAAGACUGCUGAGCUCAUCAAGUCUGUUGAAGGCCCUCCCUCCAAGCCCAACGCCUGA